AUGCAGCUCGAGAAUUGCAUCUUUCCAGUUAGUGUACUAUCCAAGAAAUGUCUGAAUGUGGGCAGUGGCUCCCCGUGCUCCGAUGGAUCUGAGCUGCAGGACCAUACUAUUAUAUCUGCUAGUGACAACCUGGAGAGAAGUUCACCUCUGAAAAAAAAUUCCAUGGGGAUGACGAAUCAGUCAGAGGCAGACAAUUUUUCCGACUCCAAGGACGCAUCAGGGGACGUCCAGAGAGGCAAACUCUCUCCUGAUCUCCACGGAGUCUCUGAAAUUCGUCAUAAUUUCGAUGGAUCUUCAGGAGAAAGGUAUAUCCUUUCUCAAUCUAACCAACCACAGUCAGUCGCAGCAACUCCGAGUGCUAUGUUCCCCUAUCCGAGUCAACAUGGACCAGCGCACCCGGCUUUUUCUAUUGGGAGUCCGAGUCGUUAUAUGGCCCACCAUCCAGUCAUCACUAAUGGAGCGUACAACAGUCUUCUGACCAACAGCUCCCCGCAAGGCUACCCAACCGCGGGUUACCCAUACGCGCAACAGUAUGGACACGCUUAUCAAGGAGCGGCAUUCUACCAGUUUUCCUCCGCGCAAGCUGGGCUGGUGCCUGGGAAAGCGCAGGUAUAUCUGUGCAACAGGGCCCUGUGGCUGAAGUUUCACAGACAUCAAACAGAGAUGAUAAUCACUAAACAAGGACGACGGAUGUUCCCCUUUUUGAGUUUCAACAUUUCUGGUCUCGACCCGACGGCGCACUACAAUAUAUUUGUGGAUGUUAUUCUUGCUGAUCCAAAUCACUGGCGAUUCCAAGGUGGCAAGUGGGUACCAUGUGGCAAAGCGGAUACAAAUGUGACAGGAAACAGGGUGUAUAUGCACCCUGACUCUCCAAACACAGGGGCGCACUGGAUGCGCCAAGAAAUCUCAUUUGGAAAGCUGAAGUUAACGAACAAUAAAGGAGGUUCAAACAACACGGGACAGAUGGUGGUUCUACAAUCCCUUCACAAGUACCAACCCAGGCUCCAUGUAGUGGAAGUCAACGAAGAUGGAACCGAGGACUCCAGCCAACCUGGAAGAGUACAAACGUUCACUUUCCCAGAAACACAGUUUAUCGCAGUCACAGCAUACCAGAAUACAGACAUUACGCAGCUAAAAAUCGACCACAAUCCAUUUGCUAAAGGAUUUCGGGACAACUAUGACACUGUCUACACAGGUUGCGACAUUGACCGGUUAACGCCAUCACCGGGUGACUCGCCUCGCUCUCAGAUCAUGCCUGGUGCGAGAUAUGCCAUGGCUGGUUCUUUCCUACAGGACCAAUUUGUCAGCAGUUAUGCCAAAUCUCGCUUUCACCCUGGCGUAGGGACUGGUCCUGGCACGGACCGCAGCGUCCCACUUAGUAACAGCUUGCUAUCCCCGCAACAAACCGAAGAACCCACAGUUGCAUCCCCGCAGCGAUGGUUUGUCACCCCUGCCAAUAACCGACUGGACUUUGCCGCCUCGGCAUACGAUGCCGCCGCGGCUGCUGAUUUUGCGGGUAACGCGGCCACCCUGCUGUCAUAUGCAGCCGCUGGAGUAAAGGCCCUUCCCCUGCCCACUGCAGGGUGCUCAAGCAGACCUCUCGGUUACUAUGCCGACCCAUCCGGCUGGGGCACACGCACACCGCCCCAGUACUGCAGUAAGUCUAGUCCUGUUCUAUCCUGCUGGCCCACAAAUUCUGUAGGCGUCAGAUCAGGCACCUCUAACUACCUGGUUGAUGACGCCGACACCAUCCCAACAGAAAGGUCACCCAUCGGAGGGUCCGAUGAGGCAAAACCAAAAGACUUAUCCGAAUCCAGCUGGAUAGAGACGCCGUCUUCAAUCAAGUCGAUUGAUUCAAGUGAUUCUGGUAUUUUUGAGCAAGCCAAACGGAGAAGAAUUUCACCGUCUGCCACACCGGUUUCGGAAACUCAGUUGAAAUCUGAGAUGUUGGCGCCAAGAGAGUGUGAGAAAAAUUGCGCCAAGGACAUUGGUUACUAUAGUUUCUAUCCACACAGUUAA